AUGAUGAUGUCUUGGUUAACAAUAUUUACUGGUUUUGCUGUUUUAUCAUCGUUAAUUAUUGCUGAUGAUCCAUGUCGAUACCAGGAUACUAAAAAGGGCGUGCUUGAUCUCACUUCUGUAGGUCGAACUGAUGGAAAAGCUGCAUAUGCUGAUAAAAUACCACCCACAGGAUCUAACUAUAAAUAUAGUUAUAAUCCAUGUAAACCAUUUACGGAAGAACCUGCUUGUAAAGGAGUAGCUGUUUGUCAAGUUUCAAUGGAUGGAAAAUUUAGUUUUUCACUUGGUACACAAGAUAGUGUAAUAUGGAAUCCAGGAGCUGGUUUAGGUAGCAGUCCUACUAUAUCGUAUUCAGCUGGUGACAAGAAAGUUACUGUUACAUUACAAUGUGCAACUGAUGGUACCAAUGAACUAGAAGCUUUAGGUGAACCUACGACAAACAACUAUAAAUUUAUUUUAACACACAAAUGUGCUUGUUGGGACGGGUGUGGAAGUGGACCAUCACCAGACACAACAACAAAAUCAUCAGGAGGUGGUGGUAGCAGCGGCGGUAUUACUGGAGGAGCUGUAUUUAUCAUAAUUCUUUGUGUCCUUCUUGUUGUUUAUUUUGUUGGAUUUGCUGUCUUUUAUCGUUUUCGUUUGGAACGAGCAGGUGUUGAACUAAUUGCCCAUCGAACAUUUUGGGUUGGUUUACCUGGCUAUGCAAAAGAUGGUGUUGUUCAUAUAUAUCGACGAGUAUUAAACAAAGGUGAUACUCCAUACCAAUCAGUUUAA